AUGUGUUAUCUGCAAGAACCAACGUUUGACAUUGAUAACUCUGUUCCUCCCAAGAAAGAAAAGAAAUCCAGAAAAGCCAAAAAUAAGACGGGAGAAGAAGUGGUUCAAUCAGUUCUGACAACUCCAGAACCUCAAAUGAUUGAGAGUGCAGAACCUCUUACAAAAGAAUGGACAGCACCCCAUUACACUACAGACGAUAAAUUUAGGUUGCAGAAAUACCUGGACCCAGAACCUCAAAUGAUUGUCAAUGAACAACUUCCUUCCUAUGAGGAAAUGCAGCAGGCCUGCCGAGAUCUGUUCAAUAGUCCGAGUUCUAUGGAAACACAGCCUGACCUAGAUCCCGUGCAUAUCAUGGAAGAAGGAGUCGCUGUGUUACCAGAUGGUCGACAAGUGGAAUGGUGGCCUAUAGAAGGGGAAUUCGAUGUGCCUAAUUUAGAUGAAGUUUCUUUGCAAGAAUAUCUGUUGGAUGCGAGCAAGCCUUUGCAUACCAUCUUUGUCCUGCCUGAAAAAGGCCUUGCCAUUUGUUCUACAUGUCCCGUGUAUUUUGGCAAUGCAGACAGCAAGCAGACAGUGUUGGAUACCAUUUGUAACAGCAUUCAUCCCAAAAUCUACGAGCAAUGGGGAACCUUUAGCUGUCAUUGUGGAUUAGUGCCUAGACUCAAGCUGAGUCAAACACCAAGAAAUCCAAACAAAGUGUUCCUAAGCUGUCCUAAGACCAGAGAAGCCAGGUGUAAUUACUUUCAGUGGAUUCACCAACAACCUAAACCUGCGAAGGUCCCUAAAGCUUUUACACCCUCAGCUCUCAAGAAA